CGCGGGGAGCUGGUGCAGCCGUCGGUGAGCGAGCUGUCGCGGGCCGUGCGCACCAACAUCCUGUGCACCGUGCGCGGCUGCGGCAAGAUCCUGCCCAACGGGCCCGCGCUCAACAUGCACCUGGUCAAGAGCCACCGGCUGCAGGAUGGCAUUGUAAAUCCGACAGUCAGAAAAGAUUUGAAAACGGCCCCAAAAUUCUACUGCUGCCCAAUUGAAGGGUGCCCUCGGGGGCCAGACAGACCCUUCUCUCAGUUUUCUCUCGUAAAGCAGCACUUUAUGAAAAUGCACGCAGAGAAGAAGCACAAAUGUACUAAGUGUGGCAACUCCUAUGGCACCGAGUGGGACCUGAAGCGCCACACUGAGGACUGUGGGAAGACCUUCCAGUGCACCUGUGGCUGCCCCUAUGCUAGCAGAACUGCCCUCCAGUCCCACAUCUACCGCACCGGCCAUGAGAUCCCUGCAGAACACAGGGACCCGCCCAGCAAGAGAAGGAAAAUGGAAAGUUGUCUGCACAACCAGAAGCUGGCCAGUCAAACUGGGGAGUCCUUGACCAUCCAGCCAGGCCCCCAAGCAGACCCUCAGGAACUCGAAGCUGCGGAUGUAAAGUUGGUUGCUCCAUUGGAAGCCCCAGCCUCGGGAAAGCCGCCUCUUCCUACAGCCCCACGCUACCCUCCGAAGUUGCUCCUGCCAAAGCCCCGGGUGGCCUUGGUGAAGCUCCCGGUGAUGCAGUUCUCCUCAGUGCCUGUGUUGGUGCCCACGACCGACUCCUCAGCCCCACCUGUGGUGCUGGGUGUGGAGCCCCAGGCCUCGGCCUCUGGGGCCCUGCACUUUCUGCCCUUGUCCAUAGGAACAUUGAUUCUCGGCCUGGACUCCGAGGCCUGCACCCUCAAGGAUAGUCCCCUGCUUUCCAAAGUUGGGGCUCCCGUGCCAGUUGAAUCCAUCAGUACGGGCGUUCAGGUUAACUUGGGCAAAGUGGCAUCUGCUCCAGCCCAGGACCUGGGUCCCAUGUGUCCGAAGAGCAGCGUUUCUUCCUCAGCCAACGUCCAGACAGACCUGUUGCCUGCUGCCCGGCACCUGCUCCCUUCCACUUCAUGGGCCAGCCCUGACACCUCCGUGUCCUCCUGCUCUCAGACCGAUCUGACCUUCGCCUCCCAAGUCUCCCUCCCCAUUAGUGUCCAAACUCAGACUCUGGUGCCCAGCACUAAGGCAACAGCCACCAUUGCUGCUCAGACAGACGCAUUUCUUGAUGUUUCUUUCCCAGCUGCAGGAAUCUCCCGAGAAACUCAGACACUACGGAAUCCAACGACGACAACGAUGACAACAGAUGGGCGCGUCCACAUGGACCAGGCUGUGAUGUGUGACGACCUGUUUGCAUCACCCUAUGAUGUCUCUCCAGCCAUCAUCAGCAGUAGUAGCUUGGUUGCUCAUGACUUGUUACCUCAGAACCAGUCCAAGGCUUUAGACCAAGAGGUGGGGAAACCCACACCCCUUCUGAACUUCAGUUCCCCCAACAGUAUCCUUCCUUCCCAGAACAUGACAGAUAAUCAGACCCAAACCAUGGAUUUACUCAGUGAUUUGGAAAACAUCUUGUCAAGCAACCUCCCUGCUCAGCCCCUCGACAAUCGGAGUCUUUUGUCAGAAGCAAACACUGGGCCCAACAGCCAGCUCCCCACAGGGCCAGCCCAGAACCCCACCAUCGACUUCGACAUCGAAGAGUUCUUCUCUGCCUCUAACAUCCAGACCCAGACCGAGGAGCGGGGCCUCGGCACCAUAGCCCCCGAGCCUGUCCUGGAGUCUCUGGAUAUUGAGACCCAGACGGAUUUCCUCCUGGCCGACCCAUCCGCCCCGUCCUAUGGCUGCCGGCCUCAUUCCAACUUCCUUGGCCUGGAGAUGUUCGACACCCAGACACAGACGGACCUCAACUUCUUCCUAGACAGCAGCCCUCACCUACCACUGGGCAGCCUCCUCAAGCACUCCAGCUUCUCUGUGAGCACCGACUCCUCAGACACAGAGACACAGACAGAAGGGCCGGCCACCGCCGCCGCCAAGAGCCUCCCCACACUCGAAAGCAAAGUGCAGCUGAGCAGUGCCGAGACUCAGACCAUGAGGUCAGGCUUUGAAGCCCUGGGCAGCUUGUUCUUCACCAGCAACGAGACACAGACAGCCAUGGAUGACUUCCUCUUAGCUGAUUUGGCCUGGAACACCAUGGAGUCACAGUUCAGCUCUGUGGAGACCCAGACAUGUGCAGAAUUGCACUCUGUCCCCAACUUCUGAGGAGUGUCCUCCCACAAGAUAGCUCCACGGAUUCCCUCAGGAAACGGGGACCCCGGUUUAACAGCGUGACUUAAGCACUUGUGACGGUUGCCUUUUUGUAUUUGUGACCUGAAUUCUGUGUGUAAGUAAAUGUAAGUGUAUUAUAAAGUAUACUAUGUUCAUCUAAAA